GUAGAGAGUACUGAAGCAGAAACAAAACCCACAGUUCCUUUUACAGUUUGCAAUAUAGAAGAAGAAAAUGAUGAUAAGAAAUAAACUUAGUAGCAAAAUGAACCUUUUUUUGCUAAACCCUUUAUUUUCUAAGCCUCUUUAUCACCAUCACCAUAGUUUUCCUACAAUACAACAACCAAACAAAGCCUUGCACAAUCUUUGUAAUAGUUUGCCAAAUUGUCUUUCUUUUAAAAAACCCAUUUCAGCUUUAAGGUGCUUAAGCUCUAAUUCUUCACAAGAAUUAACUCCUGAGAAAAAUGGAAAUGACCCACUUCACUAUGAAACGAUUGAGGACGUAGAACCAAUAGAUUUAUGGGAAGAUGAGGAGGAAGCUGACCCUGAGAUUGGGGAUGGAGGUGAUGGUGGAGGAAUUGUCUUGCAAAGUUGCCCUUGGGGUGAGCAGGCAUUAUCUAUAGCACGUGAUGUGCUUCUACAGUUCGGUGAUGACACGGAACUCUAUUCAUUCAAAACCAGUCCACGCGGAUACAUCUAUGCCAGAUUGGACAAACUUCCAAAUGAAUAUGGCUGUCCAAGUAUGGAUGCAAUGGAAGAAUUUAGCCGCCAAUACAAGAAAAGGUUAGAUGAAGCUGGUGCACUAGGGAAAAUUCCUGAUGAUCUGGCCCUUGAGGUAUCGUCUCCUGGUGCUGAGCGGCUACUAAAAGUACCAGAUGACUUAUCCCGCUUCAAGGACAUGCCUAUGAGAGUUAGCUAUAUAGAAGAAAUGAACUCUAGAAACGUUGAUAAGAACGGAAUAUUCUUCAUGGAAUCAAUUGAUGCAGAGUCAGGGAGCUGUGUGUGGAAGUUGGCGGAUGUGAAGGAGAAUAGAGAUCCAGCUGCCAAAGGAAGGCCGCUAAGCCGUAAACAGAAAGACUGGAGGUUAAAACUGCCUUAUGCAAUGGUUAAGAGGGUAACUUUGUACCUCGAUUACUGAAUUCUAUCUCAUUAUUAUAGGACUCAAGAUUUUGAUUAUAUUGAAAUUUUUAAAGGAUUCUAGGAUAUAUUAGUAAAUUGAAUUAGUGCUGCAACUUCCCUAGCUGCACAUGAAUGCACAGAGAAGACCCUCGCUCGAGUUCCUUGACAUUGACUUGGUUGCUACUUGCUAGGAAAAAUGUGAGUUCUCAGAGUCAAUAGAACUAGUGUUCCUUCAU